AUGGCUGAGGCACAAGGCGAUGAAGCAAUUAUAACAGAUUUGACUCCCCCUGGAUAUAACCUGCACCAUCACUCACGGCCUGGCCGUGGCGGAGGGAUCGCUGUCAUCUACAGGCAGUAUCUACAGAUCACCUUCAAGCAAGUCAUCACCAUUGGUAGUAUAUCCUUUGAAUCACUGGAAUUCCAAAUAACACAUGGAAAGACAUGCACGAAUAUAUUGGCAUUGUAUCGCCCGCCACCUUCUAAGAAAAAUUCCUUCACAUUUUCCAUGUUUCAUGAUGAAUUUGCCAAGAUUUUGGACUCUGUCGUCUGCAAAAAAUCAAGACUUGUAAUUAUUGGAGAUUUUAAUAUCCACUUUGACAAGAAGGAUAAUCUUCAAACAGCUCAGAUGUUAAAAUUACUUGACUCUCACAAUUGUAAACAGUUAGUGUCUGAACCAACACACAAGAGUGGCCAUAUCGUGGACUGGGUUCUGUCCAGAGAUGGAGACUCCUGCACCACUGAUGUAAGAGUCACAGAUCUUCAGGUAUCGGAUCAUCACCUCCUCACUAUUGGGCUUGAUACUACCAGACCACUCCAUCCGACCAAGUCAAUACGCUGUAGAAACAUCUCGAAGAUAUAUCAGGAAUCAUUCAGAUCAGAUCUCGAGAAGUCAAGGUUACUCAGUGAAACACCAACUGAAUGUGCAGACAUAGUUGAUCUGUACAACACAUUCCUUCUGGAGCUCCUUGACAAGCAUGCCCCCGAGAAAGUUAGGAAGAUCCCUUAUAGACCAGAGACUGCAUGGAUAUUCACCCCAGCGAUCAGUGACGCCAAAGCUGAGAGGAGAGCUGCAGAACGGCUCAGGCGUAAGACAAGGCUUGAGGUAUAUAGGCAGAUGUACUGUGUUCUACAGAACAAGGUAUCAAUAGCUAUUAGGCGCUCCAAAACCGAAUUCAUGAACUCAAAGAUCAGAGAUAGCAGGUCCAACCCAAAUGCUUUGUAUAAGCUCAUGUUUACACUAAUGGGCAGGAAUAAUACCUCCACUUUGCCUAACAUCGGUGACUCUGAGUAUAUCGCCCAACAGUUUUCAGACUUUUUCAUUGAGAAGAUUGUGAAAAUUCAUCAGACAUUUCCACACGAUGAGAGUCCCUCUAGUAUGUAUAAAGAAACCCAUUUUUCCUUUGAAUCUGACUGUCUCACAGAGUUUGCUCCAUUUACAACCAAGGAGUUGUUAGCUCUUAUUAAGAAAUCCAAACCGACUUCCUGUGCUCUGGAUCCUAUACCGACCAAGAUUGUAGUGAGUAACAUUGAUAUUCUCAUACCAGUAAUUCUCCACACCGUCAAUUCAAGUCUCAGGUCAGGAGUAGUUCCACACAGCAUCAAGAAGGCGAUAGUGAAACCAUUACUGAAUAAAACCACUCUGGACAAGGAUGAGUCACAGAGCUACAGGCCAGUCUCAAACCUGUCGUUUAUCUCCAAGGCUGUCGGAAAGCGAUUGGCAGAACAUCUUGAGCAUCAGAAUUUGUACGAGCCUUUCCAAUCGGCAUACCGUCCUAAACACAGUACGGAGACAGCCCUAUUGAAAGUCCUCAACGACCUUAGACGUGGUAUUGACAGUGGUAAUGUGGGCCUCCUGGUGCUGUUAGAGUUGAUACCAUAG